AUGAUUGAGUUUGAGAUGUUGGAUCUUGGCAUGAUGUAUUAUUUUCUAGGAAUUGAAGUGAAGCAGUAUUUUGGUGGAAUUUUUACUUCAGAAAAGAAAUAUGUCCAGGAAAUUUUAAUGAGAUUUGGUAUGACAAACUGCAAGUCUGUCACCAUACAAGCAGAGACAGGGCUGAAGUUUGAAAAGGAUUCUACAGGAAAGAGGAUUGACAACACUUUCUACAAGAAGAUCAUGGGAAGUUUGAUGUAUUUAACAGCCACUAGACCUGAUAUAAUAUACUAUUUAAGUCUCGUAAGAAGGUACAUGGAAAGUUCAAGAGAAGCUCACUUUCUAGGUUCUAAAAUAACUCUCAGGUAUCUGCAAGGAAUCAGGGAAUCGAAUCGCAGGUCGAGAUCAGAAAUCAAGAGUUUGGAGUCAAAAGUUCCAUCUCGAGCUUGGGGAUAG